GCAGGUAUGAGCGGAAUCUCGAGCGACGCGCCGAGCAGUUCGUAUCUCGCUUCCCGGCGACGACGGUUCGGUUCCGCGCGCUGCUCGCCUUCACGCUCGCCUCGGCAAACAAAUUCUCGAUCGUCGAUCAUGACACGCGGACGGACGAGGACGUGCAGGUGAAAGAGAUCCUUUUCUUCUUUUUUUUUUUCCUUCAUCGCGCCUCCUCUGCCGCGACUCCGUCCGCGACCGUAGAGGACCCGCGACGAACGCCGGUGGCCACCGCGUGGAAGAGGAGAGGAAGAGGGAAGAGUAAAAGGGAAGAACAAGAGGGAGGAGAAAGAUCGAUAUCGGCUCGGAUACCGCCGGGACGAUCUUCUAGUUGGUGGUGACAAAGUUUGUUGUGGAGAGAGAGAGAGAGUUUGUGGAGGAUUUUAACGCGCUUCCGGCCGAAUCAAGGAGCAAGAUGUGGCACCUGACGUGCGUCGACGACUUUUUGAAUCGCGCGUUUUACAAGGUUGGCCUCGUUGUCGGUCGACACCCCGGCUACUUCGUAAUCGUGCCGAUACUGCUGGCGUGCAUAUGCUUCACGGGCUACCAGAGGAUACACUACGAAAUCGACCCGGAAUACCUCUUCUCGCCCGUCAACGGCCCCGGCAAGACCGAACGGGCGAUAGUCGAGCAGCACUUCAAAGUCAAUUACAGCCACCAAUUCAGUUUCUCCCGCAUCACGCGGCCAGGCCGAUUCGGUCAUGUAAUCGUGAUUCCGAAGGAUGGCGGGCACAACUUGCUGAAGAGCGCGAUUUGGCAGGAGCUGAGGGAGCUCGAUUGGCUAAUCAGGAACAUGACGGUGAAGUACGAGGACGAGACGUUCACCUACGAGGAAAUUUGUGCGCGAUGGCUCGACCAGUGUUUCAUCAACGACAUCUUAAAUCUGCAUCACGUAAUGAAGGAAGUGGAAAGGGGAAAGCUAAAUCUGACGUUUCCGGUGACGUUCAAUCCGGUCACCUGGGACACUCAUCUGAUUCCGGUGUACUUCGGCGGAAGCGUCGUCAAUAAGGAUCUCAUCUUAGAAUCGGCGCCCUCGGUGCAGCUCGCCUACUUUAUCACCGUCGACAGUCCACGGCAGGACGCAAUCGGCGCCGCUUGGGAAGAGGCUUUUCUGAACAUCGUCGGCAAGGCCGAGGACGAAGGUGCGUUUAAGCACAUUAGCAUCGCGAGAUUCGCCUCGAGGACCCUCGAGCUGGAGUUAGAGGCCAACACGAAGACGGUCGUGCCGUAUUUCACCAGCACGUUCAUCAUAAUGGGCUUGUUCUCGGUCGUGACGUGCAUGAUGACCGACUGGGUGCGCAGCAAACCUUGGCUCGGUCUUCUGGGCAACCUCUCGGCCGCCAUGGCGACGGUUGCCGCUUUCGGAUUGUGCAUCUACCUGGGGAUCGACUUCAUCGGCCUCAAUCUCGCCGCGCCAUUCCUUAUGAUAGGAAUAGGGAUCGACGAUACCUUCGUCAUGUUAGCGGCCUGGAGGCGAACAAGUAUCUCGAAACCAGUGCCAGAAAGAAUGGCGGCGACAUUGAGCGAGGCUGCCGUUUCCAUCACCAUCACAUCUUUGACGGACAUGAUAUCCUUCUUCAUCGGCAUCUUGUCGCCGUUUCCCUCGGUCCAAAUUUUCUGCAUUUAUUCAGGUUUUGCAGUGGUUUUCACUUUCCUGUUCCACAUAACAUUCUUCAGCGGAUGCGUCGCAAUCAGCGGUUAUUGCGAACAAAGAAAUUUGCACAGCGUUAUCUGCUGCAAGGUGAAGCCACUAUCGAAAUCAACUCAUCGAUCGUGGUUGUACAGGGCGUUGUGUUCCGGCGGGAUUGAUCCCGACGAUCCUCAAAAUCCGAUCGACAAUCCCGAGCACGGAUGCAUGACUUGGUUCCGCGAUUAUUUGGCAGCUGCGCUAAAUUACCGGCCCGUGAAAGCGAUUAUCAUUCUCGUUUUCAUAUGCUACCUUCUCGGCGCUUUUUAUGGACUCACCACCCUUCAGGAGGGCCUGGAUCGACGCAAGCUUUCCAAGGAAGACUCUUAUUCGAUCGCUUUUUACGACCGCGAGGACUAUUACUUCAGAGAGUACCCUUACAGGAUACAGGUGGUAAUAUCCGGUGAAUACAACUACAGUGAUCCGACAAUCCAGCAGCAGGUGGAGAACCUGACGAGGAGCCUCGAGGGGAGUAAGUACAUCAGCAGCGUGCCGAUCUAUACCGAGAGCUGGCUCCGCGACUUCCUCAACUUUCUCAGCAGGAUGCGAGAUCUUGGGUACGAGAACGUGAACGUCACGGACGAGCACAACUUCAUCAAGAUCCUCAAGAAUAUGUGGCUAGUCCCGAAUAGCACCUCCUCCCUGGACAUCAAGUUCGACGACACAGGCGAGAGGAUCGUGGCGAGUCGGUUCCUAAUACAGCCGGUGAACGUGAGCGGCACCAAUCAGGAGAAGGAAAUGGUGAAGGAGCUGCGCGGCAUAUGCGCGGCGUCGCCGCUCAACGCGAGUGUAUUCCAUCCGUACUUUGUGUUCUUCGACCAGUUCGAGCUGGUAAGGCCGACCAGCAUUCAAUGCAUGAUAUUCGGCGCAUUCGUGAUGAUGCUCAUCAGCUUCAUCUUCAUCCCGAAUAUCUUCUGCUGCCUGUGGGUCGCCUUCUGCAUCGUGUCGAUCGAGCUAGGGGUGGCCGGCUACAUGGCGCUGUGGGACGUCAGUCUCGAUAGCAUCUCUAUGAUCAAUCUAAUCAUGUGCAUCGGCUUCAGUGUCGAUUUCACUGCGCACAUCUGCUAUGCCUAUAUGAGAUCGAAGCAGGCACGAGCAGAAGAUCGGGUCAAAGAAAGCCUGUAUAGCCUGGGCCUACCGAUCGUACAAGGCGCCGCCUCGACGAUACUUGGCCUGAUGGCUCUCCUGUUGGCCGGUACCUACAUCUUUCUGGUGUUCUUCAAGAUGGUCUUCCUCGUGAUCUUCAUCGGCGCAUUACACGGUAUGUUCCUGCUUCCGGUGUUGCUCUCUCUCUUCGAUCCCGGUGUCUGUAGCGGCGGUGACAGUGAGGCUGGUGAAGCAGAGAACACGAAGAACAGCACGCAAGAGAAGGAACUACAAGCCAAUAAGCUGCAACAGCAGCAGAAGCAACAGCCGCCCUACGUGAUCCCGCUUCCUCAUCUAGUCUAUUACGGUCCGGGCGACAUCAAACCGCUCCAGGACAGUCCCGCAAUGAGCAUGGCGGCGUUCGAGGAGAGGGAUCCCGGCUUGGGUACCAGCGAGGACAGCAACUCGACCGAGAGCGGCUCCUCGCAGAGCAGGAGGCGCCAGCAGCCGCCGCAGGAGCAGCAGCAGCAGCAGCAGCAGCAGCAGCAGCAACAGCAGCCGAAUCAGAUCCGCCCCGACAUGUGGAGGAGAUCUCUCGGCGUGCUUUACGGCCUGUCGCAGUUUCAAUCUGCGGUCGGCGAGCCCCAGCACCCGGCGCCGGAUUAUCCCGGUGCCGAGACGCACCCGCGGGGAUCGGGCGAGCGGCCGCGAACGGCCAAUGUCCCCUGCCUAGGACCUUACGUCGCGUAUCGCCAUUCGAAUCAAUUGCCGCGCGAUUAUGGACGCAGCAGAUCUUACCACAAUCUGCAGUAUUCUGCAUCGACGCGGCACUUGACGGAUCCGCGGUAUCCUUAAAGGUGGUGAAGGAAUAGUGUAAAAGGACAGAUAUUAUCGACGCGAUACGAAAGAUCCUCGAUCGAAUUCAGUCCCUUGAACUAGAACUACAGCAACAAUCGAUUUUGGGAGGGAAGAACUGUUAAAAUCCUCACGUAGAAAAAUGGUCGACUGGUCCGCGGACAAAAAUGCCAUCCAAAAAUAGUGAAUAUUUCCUACUUUUAACUCUAUCAAAGUAUGAAAUAAGAUCACAUCUUUAUAGAGUUCAGAGACAGAAAUCUUUUCAGAAAAUUUAUAGCUCAAUAAUAUUCUCUAUUUGCCUUCGACGUGUGGCGAGUACGUGAACGUUCGUUAAGCAUCACGAGCGUACAAUCAAUAUUGGUUUGGUGGAGACAUCUUAUACGUAUAGGAUUUGAGAGGUAUCGGAUUUGAGAGGUAAUUACAAUUGUAGUGCUGUUCAAUCACAAUGACAGCUUCGCGGGACCAUGACAAUACAAAGGAAUGAAAAUGGAAAGAAAACGACAUUCUAUGCAAACAUGGACUAGACUGCCCGAGUUACAGUCCAUUAGUUUCAAGGGAUUGAACUUCAAGAGGAUUUAUUCUCAAACAACGAGACAGUAAAGUGACGCCUGAGUAUAUUUGGAUUCUAACGACAUUUUUUUCCUUUACUUGUCUCUCAAACUAAAUUUCAAUUUUAUUGUUAUUAACUUCCUCUUAAAUCUUAUGACGGAAAUUGGACGUAGAAAAUAUAAAUAAACAAUGAUAAUUUUUUUAUCAAUAGAUGGUUAUUGAGUAUAGAAUAUGAAAGGGUCAAAGUACAAAUUAACACUUCUUUUUUUUUUUACAACUGACUCUACUAAGAGUAUUGAUUUUGGUUACGAAGCUGGAAUCCGAAAGAUUCCGGGCGCCACUGAGGAUUAAUAAUGUGAUUUCGAAGACUUUUUGUAUAGUAGUGCUUACUACAAAAUAGUGCGAUAGAAAAAAA